AUGUCGCUUACCGAGGGCGCCAUCAAGGCCAUGUACGAAGGCCAGGACGUCUCAAACCCGGUCGUCCAGAUCAUUGACAUCAAGAAGAUCGCCGCACAGCAGGCCGACAACCCGGACCGCUACCGGCUGGUCAUUUCCGAUGGCAAGCACUACCAGCAGGCCAUCCUUGCGACGCAGCUGAACCAGCUUGUGCACACCGAGAUGCUGAAGAACAACUCGCUGGUCCGGCUCACCGAGUCGCUGUGCAACACGGUCCACGGGCGGCGUGUGGUCAUUCUCAUUGCCCUCGACAUUGUCUCGCAGGCUGAUGCCCGCAUCGGCUCGCCGGUCAACGCCGAGCAGACGCUGACGGGCCCGACCGACGGUGGAGCGCCGGCGGCGGUGGCGGCAGCGGCUUCGGCCAGCACCAUGGCCACCUCGGCCCGUCCGACCAUGGGCGCGCCGGCAGCGUCGGGUGCGCCGGUGCCCGAGGCACACAUCACCCGCAUUGCCGACCUCCACCCGUACCAGCAGCGGUGGACGAUCAAGGCGCGGGUGACGAACAAGUCGGACAUCCGGACGUGGAAGAAGCCGUCGUCCGAGGGCAAGCUGUUCUCGUUCGAAGUGCUCGACGCCGCCGGUGGCGAGAUCAAGAUUGCCGCCUUUAACGACCAGUGCGACAAGUGGCAGCCUGUCAUCCAGCAGGGCUCGGUCUACUACAUCACCGGCGGCUCGCUCAAGAUGGCCGACAAGCGUUGGUCGCGGACCAACUCGCCGUACGAGAUGACGCUCCGCGCCGAGUCGGAGGUCAUCCUCUGCACCGCCCCGGCAACCGAGAUCAAGGCCCAGCACUACAACUUUGUCAAGAUCUCAGCCAUUGCCGAGCUGCCCAAGGACACCAACGUCGACGUCAUUGGCGUCGUGACCAAGAUCCACCCGCUUGGCUCGGUCACGUCCAAGACUCGCGGGACGCAGAUUCCCAAGCGCGACAUCGAGAUCAUGGACGACACCGCCCACCUGGUCCAGGUCACCCUCUGGGGCAACCGUGCCGAAGCGUUCAACUACCCGGGCGCGCCGGUCGUCGCCUUUAAGGGCGUCCGCAUCUCCGACUACAACGGCAAGUCGCUCUCUACCGGCGCCUCGUCCGGCAUCUCGGUCUCGCCCGACAUCCCCGAGGCCGCCCAGCUCAAGGGCUGGUACGAGACCGCUGGCGCUGCCGCCGGGCAGGGCGUCAACAUCUCGGCCGGUGGUGGCGGCUCGUUCUCCAAGGUCUACAAGACCUUUUCGCAGAUCGAUACCCAGAACCUCGGUCACGGCGAGAAGCCCGACUGGUUCUGGGUCCGCGGCACCAUCUCAUACAUCCGCUCCGACGGCACCCUCUACUACCCGGCCUGCCCCAACGAGAAGCCCGACGGUCGCACCUGCAACCGCAAGGUUGUCGAGAUCGGCACCGGCCGCUGGCAGUGCGAGAGCUGCUCCAAGGAGUUCACCUCGAUCAACUACCGCUACGUUCUCUCCGUCUCGGCCGCAGACCACACCGGCUCGUUCUGGCUCUCCGCCUUUGACGACUCGGCUCCGACCCUGCUCGGCAAGACCGCCGCAGAGAUGGCCGCCCUCAAGGAGGCCGACGACCCGGCCUACCAGCAUGCCUUUGAGGAGGCCACCUUCAAGGCAUACAACUUCCGCCUCCGCGCAAAGGUCGAGACCUACCGCGACGAGGACCGCGUCCGCUGCACCGUCAUGCGCGCCGUCCCCAUUGACUUUGUCGCAGACUCGGAGGCCCUCCUCACCCGCAUCGAGCAGUACGCUGCCUAACCAUCGCUCCCUCGGCGUCGCGUCGUGUGCACUGCGCGCGCCCUCUAGCGGUGUUCCCGAUCCUCCCUCCCACCCCCACCCCACCCCUUUGCCCCUCCCUGCCUCACUUACAUCACCACACUUGAAAUGAACUGCAUCACAUCCC